AUGUCCAAGCGUGCCUGGACUUCACGUUGGAUCCAGAGGACUGCUGAAGGGGAUGAUGCAUUACCACCAGCACUGUAUGAUGCUGCUGCAUGGGACAUUCUGACACAAUUCCUUACUUCAUCUAUAUACCAUGAAGAUGACUGGGUGGAACCUCGACGUCUCUUAUUCUCCGGCGAUGGAAACGACGCUGAAUCUUUGAGGAACCUCAAACUCCUCAAGGUAAAGACCAACGGUUCCUUGUCAAGCUCGCCUGUUCGAAAGUUGCUUAUGCGACCAAAAGCUACAAAUUCUACCUCCAAGAUUGGGGAGGAGGAGAUGGAGAGUGUAGAUGGACACUCACGCAUUCGAAAAUCGUAUAAGCAACCCAAAACUAAGAAUUCCUUUAUCCUCGAUAUGGCCAAGGUUGGGGAUGAUGAUGAGGAGGAGGAGGGGGAGGAGGAGGGGGAGGAGGGCUAUGGGGAUGGCACAUCUGUGGGGUCUGUGAUGGUUACGCGCUUGGCAAGACCGUUGGCAACACAGAAGUUAGCUGCAACCUUCGACGAUAUGGCCACUCGGUUUGAGCAGAAUCAGCGCUGCUCGUCACAAGGCUGCGAGAAUGCCACUCACGGAGUUCCCGAAGCCAGGAUGUAUCUGGUUCACGUUCAAAGAACUACCACUGAAUAUGUCACCUCACACCUUCGAAAGAAAGGAUUUCCCGUGACCGUAUCAGCUUGGGCAGCUGGCCAGCUGUACGUGGUGGCGGACAGUCCAAAAACAGUCGCAAAGUCCUUGCCCCUCUCACUUUACCUGGCUGUAAAACAGUACACUCUCGUCACGGAGGAAGAACGUGGAGCUGUAGAGCGUUCACAGUCCGAAUUUCCUAACCCAGCGUGGGUGAGGGUUAAGAACGGCCCGUACAGGGGCGAUACAGCGCUGGUCUUCGAACAGUUACCAAAUGGUAUCGUCGCGAUCUUAAUUGUUUCGCGAGACAUGCCCUAUGCCAUGCCUGGCAGAACUCGGGCGUUGGUUGAGCAAUCUCGCCUCCCAAAGAACAAGACUGUGUCUGACGUCAUUCAUGACGAUCAAGUGUUGCACCUGGAGUCCGGAUGGGACAGAAUCUUCAUGAAAGAAACUGUGAUAGCAUUUUCGAUGCAGUUCCUGCGCGUGGGCGAUUCAGUCAGGGUUGUCACAGGCUCUCUUCGUGGAGAGCUCGGGAAGGUUGUUUCUACUGACCAUACUGUCGGUUCAAACACAGUCUUUCGAGUCGGUGAUACUGUAAGAAUUGUGGCCGGCUCAUAUUUUGGCCUGGAAGGGCACAUCAUCCAGAUGCGUGAAGAUAUAUGUCAUGUUUGUCAAUACGGUACCAAUGAAGAGAUUGAAGUGUCAAAGUACUACUUAGAUGGGCGUCCAUUGACUCACACACUUACCUCACGGUUGCCAACACAGCAAUAUUUUGAGCCCUACGAGUCUGACUCAAUCCAAAUCGGGGAUUAUAUAGAAGUUCAGGGGGGAAAGCACAAGGGGAGACAUGGCAUCGUGGACUGGUGUGCUAAGGGGGACACUGAUAUCUGGUUCAAGGAUAUUUUCACUUCGAACAACGUAGAAUUGUCAAGCAUAUCAGUUCCUGCUGCAAUGGUUCAGCAGAUGGAUAUUACCAAGACAAUCCAAUAUACGAAGGAAAGGGGUUAUGACGUCAGACCUGGAGAUGUUGUGACAGUCGUCCGUGGGCCAGAGUAUGAGGUGAAAGGGGUCGUACAACACAUCAAAGUUCCAAUUGGAUUUGUCAUGAAAAAAGAAACAGGCAAAGAAGUGUUUAUUAUUUCGGGCGACCGGAAAGGCUCCCAGGGAAUGCUUCAUAGUGUCGGCCUCGAGACUUGCAUCGUUGCCGUGUAUGGGCAGAAGCGCAUUGAACUCAAACUCUAUGAAGUUGCCACCAGAUAUGGAGUGAGGUUAAACAGGGUGAUGCUUGAAGGCCCGGAUAUGACUUCCUUCUGCGAAAUGCGGAAAAGAUCAUUCUUGGCACCGCCACCUUGUAGCAUCACCCCACCUGUCGAAACAUUACCCUCCAGCUCUUCGGCUUCCAUGACAGGUCCCAUUCCCUCCUCAUCUAACGUGUGGUCCUCCUGGUCUGCACACCCAGGGGGUGUCGAUGCAGCGCAAGACCCAUUGUUGAGCAUCCAACCCAGCUCAUCAACACUCCAGCCAUGGAGUGUCGAUAAAAAUGACACCCAGGACAGCAACGACGCUACAGCAGAGAAACUCCGUGACAGUGGUCCAUUGCCUUGGUUGAGGGAGUUCUCUUCAUUGUUCAGGAAAUAUCAUGCGAUGUUGAAGGUGUCGCCGAGCUUUGACGGAUCGUUAUCCAAGCAAUUUGUAUCAACCUCUUGUCCUGACCCUUUCUGCGGCGAUAAUGGACCUGCACCCGAGGAUUUUGUAGCAGCAUUCUGCACAUCAAAUGGUGCUGGUGCUGCAAUGAAGCACUAUCAUAUCCCUGCCAGAUACCUAAGUCCUGCCCCUCCACGGAAGAAAAAUCAAGAAUGCCUUAUUCUAGAUGGCCCUCAUCGUGGACUUAUCCGAACUUUAGUGUCGUGUAGCGCCAAGCACGCUAAUGUCAAGAUCAAUAUUAUGCCUACGGCCGCUGUUACUCUACGCAAAUUUUCCUUGACGUCCCUCGGGGAUCUUGCAACUGCAGAGCGUGAACUUGUUAUGGUGGAUUGCCUGUUUGCGCAAUCGUCCUUAUCUCGGAAAUGGACGGUUGAGACACGAAUGUAUGGUCUGAAGCUGCCUGUCCCCUAUGUGGGAGGUGCCAGUCAGUUGUACAGAGGUGUCGGAUAA